GUUAUUAAGAUCCUUAAAGUUAAUUAAAAUGACUAAACUUAUUUCGUCAAAAAUACAUUCUAUCCUUACUUACUUUUUUCAAAACAAUCUACAGCAGGGAUGGGCAACUGAUGGGCCCCGCAGUGUCUUAUAGUACGGCCCGCUGAAUCAUAUUAGACUCGUAUGAUAAAUUUUAAAACAUUUGAAAAGCAAGUCACGUAAAGAUUGUUUUCAGUUUAUGAUGUUAAUACUAUCUCCAUCCAGGAGAGGUCGCUAGUUUCCAGCCGCUCCCUGUAUUAAUUUCAGCUUAGUAAGGCGUGCACCCUAAUGUAAACAUUCACUAGCAUUAGCAAAUAAUAAAUGAAAAACUGACCAUGACUACAGUAUUUUAUAUGUUUGGAUUGUUUGGAAAUAUGUAUUUUAUUUAAAUCGCCAUCACACCACUGCUCACAAACGACUAGGACGCCAGAGUUGCACUUGACUCAAAUUUCAAAGGCCAUGUAUGCAGUUGUUACCUUGCAGGACUCAGAUGAGGUGAUGGUGGUACCAUCAAAUUGGGUGAGCCUAGACAAGAGACACUGUUACUGGCCUCCAUUCAAAUCCACAGAGAAGUGCAUGGAAGCUGUUCAGCACAAACCUAACCCUGAAACAGAAGGCAAACCAUGGGAGAAACUACACAUUAUCUUUCUCGGAGAAUAUGACACUUUUGAGAAGGCAAAAGAGGGGCAAAAAGAAAUCAAAGAAUAUGAAGAAUUGUCAAAUCCAUUAAAGAAUGUAUUACCUGGAAUAAAAAGACAGAGACUUGAUAGCACUCAAGAAAUGUCAAAUAAUCAGCUACAACCACUUCCUCCAGUAACACCUGCAUCAACAUCCAGAAUGUCAGCUGAUGACAAGGUUGAAAUCCUUCAAAUGAUGAGAGACGUCAAGAGCAAGGUUCAGCAAAACUCUACCUUGUUAAAAAAAAUACUCAAAGACAAUACGGUUUCUGAAGCCCCCAGAAGUACAUGCGUGCCUUCAAAAAACAUAAAACUGCCUCUUAGAACCUUUGAAGAUGUGGCCAGGACUGAAAUGGAGCUCAAGAACACAACAACACGCAAAAAAUAUGUAAAAUAUUUGUCAAAGCUUGGAGGUUUUAUUUCCAAGGACGUGAUUAAGAAUAUUAUGCAGCAAGUCUUAACAGAUGAUCUGGCUAUGCAGUUCAACUGGCAGGGGAGAGGAGAUAAAAAGGCCUUCUCUAAACUUAUUUUAACAGAUGUGAUCAGAGAUGCUGCAUUAGCUCGAAAUGUAAACAUGGGUCACUGUGAAACUGAAAUAAAAAAAUAUUUGAGUUACGCAGCUUGUCGGAUGAAACUAAGAGAAAAAGGAGGUCCUGGGCAUGCGAUUCCAAAUGUGAUUUCUACCUCGAUGAUGGACAACCAGCCAGAGAGGGAAAUACCUUUGAACAUUUUUGUAUAAUGAGUUUUAAAUAGGGAUGCACUCAUACUACAUUUUCCAAAACGAGGUUGAUACCGAUACUUUUUGGUACUUGCAGAUCUAGAGUACUGAUACCUGUAUUUUCAUUAGGCUUUGUUCAUUUAGCAAAUUUCCUUCAGUUAUUUUCAUAAUUAUGCUCAUUAAAAUGUAUUCUACAAGCUUUUGUUACUUUCACUUUUUAUUUUUUAUUUGCUCUAUGGUACGUCAUAUUUAAUUUAAGAUUACAUUAGAGCUGCUCCAGCGGCUCAGUAGGUACUGUAACCACAAGGUGUUUUCCUGUAAUAAUGUAAGGAAUCACUCCUUAAAUAUUUUAACAGUGAUAAAAAUAUUUUCUGAAAUGUAAGUCACAUUUUUUAUCAUCUGAAACAUGCUGUGACUUAUAUUCCAAAGAGACUCAUAUCAUGCAUGAUUAUCAAUCAUAGGUCAUGUAGACCCACUUGCACAUUAAACAUACAUUUGAGAAAUUUAUUUCAAUUUGACAUUAUUACAUACUUAAUGAAUUGUCAUGUUUUAAGGAAUGGGCACCGCUGUAGUUUCAGGGCCCCCUCAACAUCAUAUUAAACAAAAACUAAAAUGUGUAUAAAUUAUUGUAAAUAUUUUUUUUUUAAAAUAGCCUAUAUCUGUCUUUUCCAAUGUUUCAUCAAAUUGCAUGUGAUUUCACUCAAAAUAAACCAGAAAUGCAGAUGA